CUGCGCUCCUGCUGCGCUCCUGCUGCCUGGCCGCGCCAUAUUGCGCCUGGAUGAGCAGAAAGAGGGAGGGAAGACCGUUCAAGCAUCUCCUCGUCUCCAAACACCCCCAGCCAGCUCCGGAAGACGCAGCGAGAACCGCAGCCACACGGAGUACAGAUUAACCUUUUUGGAAAGACUGGUUUUUAUUUAUUUAAACGUGUAGACUCGAAACAACAGAAAAAUGCCCAAAGCGGUCAAUGUUCGGGUCACCACCAUGGACGCUGAGCUGGAGUUUGCCAUCCAGCCCAGCACAACUGGCAAGCAGCUGUUUGACCAGGUGGUAAAAACCAUUGGAUUACGGGAGGUCUGGUACUACGGACUUCAGUAUGUGGACACCAAAGGUUACCAUACUUGGCUAAAGUUGGACAAAAAGGUGUCCUCGCAGGACAUGAAAAAGGAGAACCCGCUACAGUUCAAGUUUCGGGCCAAAUUCUUCCCAGAGGAUGUUUCUGAGGAGCUGAUCCAGGACAUCACCCAGAAACUGUUCUUCCUGCAAGUGAAGGAGACCAUCCUCUCUGACGAGGUCUACUGUCCACCAGAGACAGCCGUCCUGCUGUCGUCCUACUCUGUUCAGGCCAAGUUUGGAGACUACAACAAAGAAAUCCAUCGGCCUGGAUACCUGCUGUCUGAACGGAUGCUACCCCACAGAGUCCUGGAGCAGCACAAGUUAUCUAGAGAACAGUGGGAAGAAAGGAUUCAGGUGUGGCACGAGGAGCAUUGUGGGAUGUUGAAGGAAGAUGCAAUGCUGGAGUUCCUAAAGAUUGCUCAGGACCUGGAAAUGUAUGGAGUCAACUACUUUGACAUCAAGAACAAGAAGGGAACAGAGCUGUGGCUGGGAGUGGACGCUCUGGGACUCAACAUUUAUGAGAAGGACGACAAACUGACCCCAAAGAUUGGCUUCCCCUGGAGUGAGAUCAGAAACAUCUCCUUCAAUGAUAAGAAGUUCAUCAUCAAACCUAUUGAUAAAAAAUCUCCAGACUUUGUGUUUUAUGCCCCAAGACUGCGGAUCAAUAAGCGCAUCCUGCAGCUGUGCAUGGGCAACCACGAGCUGUACAUGCGCCGCCGCAAACCGGACACCAUUGAGGUGCAGCAGAUGAAGGCCCAGGCCAGAGAGGAGAAGCAGCAGAAACAGAUGGAGAGGGCCCAGCUGGAGAACGAGAAGAAGAAGAGAGAGGCCAUCGAGAAAGAGAAGGAACAGAUGGAGCGUGAGAAGCAGGAUCUGAUGAUGAAGCUCUACCAGUUUGAGGAGAAGACCAAGAGGGCAGAGAAAGACCUGCAGGACCAGCUCCAGAGAGCCAUGAUGCUGGAGCAGGAGCGGAGGAGGGCGGAGGACGAGGCAGCUCGUCUGGAGGCCGAGCGUCAGGCGGCCCUGCUGGCUAAAGAGGAGCUGGCUCUCCAGGCUGAGAGCCAAAAGAAAACUCAGGAGCAGCUGGCUUCAGAGCUGGCGGAGCACACAGCCAAGAUCUCACUGCUCGAGGAUGCCAAGAGACGCAAGGAAGAGGAGGCUGACACGUGGCAGCUCAGGGCCCGAGAGGCUCAGGACGAUCUGAUGAAGACCAAGGAGGAGCUGCAGAUGGUGAUGACAACGCCCCCCCCACCACCACCACCUCCCAUGUACGACCAGCUGGACGACAACAGUGACAGCGAGGAGAACACCAGCACCCACAGUGCCGACCUGCACAUGGAAGACAUCGACGACCACCGCAAUGAGGAGGAUCGCCUGACAGAGGCCGAGAAGAACGAGCGUGUCCAGAAACAACUGAAGGCUUUGACCUCAGAACUGGCUCAGGCACGUGAUGAUUCCAAGAACACCCAGAACGACUUACUUCACUGCGAGAACGUUCGGGCCGGCCGAGACAAAUACAAAACCCUGCGACAGAUCCGGCAGGGCAACACCAAGCAAAGGAUCGACGAGUUUGAGGCCUUAUAAGAAGCCUUGUGGCACUUAGUGUUCCCUUUCUGAAUGAUCACUAUGUCUCGCUCCUCUGCUGAUAGAAGCAAACGCACUCAAACUCAUCCAAGGAUAUUCUAAAACGUCGGUUGCAGACCAAACUUGGAGCAGUAUAAGCCCAGAACCGAGAUGAACUGAGUUUGUCUGGCAGGACGCUGGGCCUGCAAAGCUUUUAAGGAAACUUAGUGCCAAAACCGUCUCUCUUCUGCUUUUAGUGUUUUAAUUUUGAUUUUGUUUAAUCUGUUCAAACCAAAAUCAUUUUAUUUUCUUAACCAGAGGAGUCAUGUAGUGGAGGGAAUGGCCAAAUUUGAUUUCCGUAUCAUUAUAUGCUCCAGAGUACAUCUAAUCAAAGCCUCGCUUCUUUUCAUGUCUGUCAUUUGUUGUGAAGGAAGAAAAAGUUUGUUUAUAGCGACCACUCAGAAAGGGGAAGACAGUAUACGCACGUAAAUGUUUGUAUGUUUUCCAUUAUUUUAUAACUCUUCCAUUGAUGUUUAUUAAUGCUAUAAAGUAGGUUAAAACCUUGCCUAGUUAUAUAUUUAUACUGUAUAUGGGACAUAAAAAGGGUGUUUCAUCUUGGUUUGUAUAUUUUUGCUAUCUACUAAUUAUUAUAAAAUCAUUAAAUAUGUUUCAGAGGCUUUCAUAUAUAUAUAUAUAUAUAUAUAUAUAUAUAUAUAUAUAUAUAUAUAUAUAUAUAUAUAUAUAUAUAUAUAUAUAUAUAUAUAUAUAUAUAUAUAUAUAAUAUUCACAUACACAGUAUAUUGACCAAAAUAAUAGCAGUCCUAUGUUCCGUAGGUUUUUCUUUAAAUCACUUAAUUAAAGAGAUUUAAUUGUAAAUUAUUAUUUUUUAUUUUAGGACAUAUCCAGCUCAUGCCAGUAAAGUGAGUCAAGAACUAUCUUGGUACUUGAGUGUUUUGGGGGUGCAGUUCACAGCAUGCAGACGGGGAAGCAGGUUUUCUUGUACGUUAUGUGUCUGUUCUGUGUCGUGUCGAGUAGACUGAGACGAGCACUGGUCUGCUUUCAGUAUCCCAAGUGACCUUUCUCCGCAGUGGUCGGUCCCAGACAGUUGGUCUACACCUCUCGGCCAAGUUUCAUAGUCACAUAAAGUAUUUUCUUUUUUUUUAAUGUCAGACCUUCACUGAGGGUUUUUUAAGUUGGCCAAAGUGGACCGGCCUGAACGGUGUAAGACCAAACUGCUUCUCUAGAGUACUAUUUACUGACAUGAUAAUGGAAAUACUAUGCUGGCCUUUGUACCUGAACAGGAUUUUAUAAUGAAGUGUUCAACACAUUGGCAAUAAAAAAUACCUAAUUUCA